AUGAACGCGCGAAUGGACUUCACCGACCGGGCCCAGAAGGCUGUCGAGGACGCCAUGGCCCUGGCCGAACAGUACGGCCAUUCACAGCUUGUUCCCGUCCACUUGGCCGUCUCCCUGCUUGAACCGCCAAUCGACCAGUCCAAGGACCAACAGAAUGGACCGGCCCAGUCGACAAUCACCCUUUUCCGACAGGUCGUUGAACGAGCACACGGCGACCCCCAGCUCUUCGAUCGAGCGCUCAAGAAGAUGCUCGUCCGACUCCCGAGCCAAGAUCCUCCGCCAGAACAGGUUUCUCUAUCAGCUUCAUUUCACAAAGUUUUGCAAGAUGCAAUGAAAUUGCAAAAGGUUCAAAAGGAUACCUACAUCGGCGUCGACCAUCUCAUCACUUCGCUGUCGGAGGACCACAACAUCCAGACGGCCCUUCGGGAGGCCAACAUACCCCAGGCCAAGUUUAUCCAAGAAGCCGUCCAGGCGAUCCGAGGUACGAAGCGGGUAGACAGCAAGACGGCCGAUACCGAAGAGGAGAACGAGAACCUGGCCAAGUUUACCAUCGACAUGACGGCCAUGGCGAGGGACAAAAAAAUCGAUCCCGUUAUUGGCCGAGAGGAGGAGAUUCGCCGCGUCGUCCGGAUUCUGUCGCGGCGCACCAAGAACAACCCGGUCCUCAUCGGCGAACCCGGCGUGGGAAAGACCACAGUCGUCGAAGGUCUUGCCCAGCGAAUCGUCAACCGCGACGUUCCCGACAAUCUGAAGAACUGCAAACUGUUGUCACUCGAUGUCGGAGCGCUCGUUGCAGGAAGCAAGUUUCGUGGAGAGUUCGAGGAACGGAUGAAGGGAGUCUUGAAGGAGAUUGAAGACUCCAAGGAUGUCAUCGUCCUCUUCGUCGACGAAAUACACCUGCUCAUGGGCGCCGGCUCCUCCGGCGAGGGCGGAAUGGACGCGGCGAACUUGCUGAAGCCGAUGCUCGCCCGUGGCCAGCUUCAUUGCAUCGGUGCCACGACGCUAGCCGAGUACCGAAAGUAUGUCGAAAAGGACGCCGCGUUUGAGCGUCGAUUCCAGCAGGUCAUGGUCAAGGAACCGACCAUCCCCGAGACAAUCUCCAUUCUCCGCGGUCUCAAGGAACGAUACGACCGACACCACCGCGUCACCAUUCUCGACAGCGCGCUGGUCGCUUCGGCAAACUUGGCGGCCCGCUACCUGACGUCGCGGCGAAUGCCCGACUCGGCUAUUGACUUGGUCGACGAGGCCGCCGCCGCCGUGCGGGUGGCGCGAGAGUCCCAACCGGAGAUCAUCGACUCGCUCGACCGCAAGCAUCGACAGCUGAUGAUCGAAAUUGCCGCCCUGGAGAAGGAGCAUGACGAAGAGUCCAAGAAACGACUGCAGCAAGCCAAGAAGGAUGCACAGAACGUCGAGGAAGAGCUCGAGCCGCUUCGAGCAAAGUAUAAGAACGAAAUCAAGCGGAGCGAAGAGAUCCACCAGGCCAAACUCAAGCUCGACGAUCUGGUGAAGCGGCUCGAGGAUGCGAUGAACAUGGAACAACACGCCAAGGCGGCCGACCUCAAGUACGGUGCCAUCCCGGAGCAGGAGGCAGUCAUCAAGGACCUCGAGGCCAAGAAGGUGGCGGCCGACGCCGCCUUGAACGCGACAGGUGCCGAUCCCGGCAGCGCCAUGGUCACCGACAUCGUCACGGCCGACCACAUCAACGAAAUCGUGGCCCGAUGGACGGGAAUCCCCGUCACCCGCCUCCGAACUUCGGAGAAGGAAAAGCUGAUCCACAUGGAGAAGGUUCUGAGCAAGGUGGUUGUCGGCCAGAAGGAGGCAGUCCAGUCGGUCGCCAAUUCAAUCCGCCUCCAGCGCUCCGGCCUCAGCAAUCCGAACCAGCCGCCGAGCUUCCUCUUCUGCGGUCCCUCCGGCACGGGCAAGACGCUGCUCACCAAGGCUCUCGCCGAGUUUCUGUUCGACGACGCCAAGGCCAUGAUACGCUUCGACAUGUCGGAAUAUCAGGAGCGCCAUUCGCUGAGCCGAAUGAUCGGUGCACCACCCGGCUAUGUCGGACACGAUGCCGGAGGCCAGCUGACGGAAGCGCUGCGCCGGAAGCCCUUCUCCAUUCUGCUCUUCGACGAGGUUGAGAAGGCGGCGAAGGAAGUCCUGACCGUUCUCUUGCAGCUCAUGGACGACGGCAGAAUCACCGACGGCCAAGGCAGAGUUGUUGAUGCCAAGAACUGCAUCGUCGUCAUGACGUCGAACCUCGGCGCCGAGUUUCUCACCCGGCCCGGUGCCAAGGAGGGACGAGUGGAUACGGGCACCCGGGAGCUCGUCAUGGGCGCUCUCCGCAACUACUUCUUACCCGAGUUCCUCAACCGCAUCAACUCGGUCGUCAUCUUCAACAGGCUGACGCGGAAGGAGAUUCGCAAGAUCGUCGACCUUCGCAUCAGCGAGAUCCAGAAGAGACUCGAGGACAACGGGCGCAAGGUUCGGAUCGAGGUCUCGGACGAGGCCAAGGACUACCUCGGAGCCUCGGGUUACUCGCCCGCGUACGGCGCUCGGCCGCUCGCUCGGCUCAUCGAAAAGGAGGUGCUCAACAAACUGGCCAUACUCAUCUUGCGGAACAACAUUCGUGACGGAGAGACGGCUUGCGUGGAGCUGAGUGACGGCAAGAUUGUCGUACUCUCGAACCAUCCAGAUAGCGAGAUGAGCGACGACGACGAGAUGAUGACGGACGAAGAUGACGCCGUCGACGAAGUGGCCGGCGACAACAUGGACGAAGACAUUUACAGUUGA